AUGGCUUCAGACUUUUCCGACGACGACAUGCCCUUGUCGCGACCCAAUGGACGUCUCUCGGCAGCAACCGUCUCAAAAUCGGACCAAGCCAUGGACGCCUCUUCCAAGGGCGGGUUGCCCGCACCUGUCUCGAUCCGCAAUGGUCCCGUGAACGAGGACAAUGCUAUGGACGUGGACGGCCAACACCUCAACGGCCUUGUCAAGAGAAAGUCGCGAACUUCCAAUGUUAGCUACAAGGACGAAUCCGACAGUGAUGAUGCGCCCAUAGCCAAACGUCAGAGGAAAUCCUCAGGCAUCGCGGAAGGCGCAGGCCUCCCUCCAAAGCCGACAAAGGCAGACUUGAUUGACAGUGACUCGGAUGACGACAAGCCUCUCACUGCCAAGUUGGCUCAGAAGAAGAAGGACAUUGAAGUUGCAGCUGCCAGAGAGGCAAGAGCCAAGAGAAAGUCCAUCAAGGAUGAGUCGGACUCGGAUGCGCCUCUGGCGGCUCCAAAGAAGAGACAAUCAAAUGGAGUCGCCAAGUCCAACGGUGUCAAGAAGGACCCGGAUUCUGAUUCGGAUGCACCUCUCAAGAAGCAGCCUGCAAAAAAGGUGGCCAAACCAGCUCCAGCAACAAAGGGUAAGACUGCCACGCCAGCAAAGAAGACUCCCGCAAAGAACGUUGUCAAGAAGGCUGCUAGCAGUAAGGCUGCGAGCGAGGACGUUGAAGAUGAAGAUGAGGCCGAAAGAUGGUGGGAUAAGCCCAUGAUUGAGGAUGACGGCAUCAAGUGGCAGACUCUUGAGCACAACGGUGUCAUGUUCCCGCCAGCCUAUGAGCUUCUCCCCAAGAAUGUCAGGCUCAUUUACGAUGGAACACCUGUCAUGUUGCAGCCCGAAGCAGAAGAAGUUGCUAGCUUCUACGGAGCCAUGCUCGACAGUCAACACGCAUCAAAUCCCGUCUUCCAAAAGAACUUUUUCGAGGACUUUCGAGGAGUCCUCGCCGAACACGGUGGCGCCAAGGAUAAGCAAGGCAACAAGGUGAACAUCAAGGACUUUGACAAGUGCGACUUCAAGCCAAUCUUUGACUACUACAAGGCAAAGUCAGAGGCCAAGAAGACGCGCACCAAGGAGGAAAAGAAGGCCGAGAAGGAGAAAAAGGACAAGGAAGAAGAGCCCUUCAAGUUCUGUGUCUGGAAUGGCAGAAAGGAAAAGGUGGGCAACUUUCGCAUCGAACCUCCUUCGCUUUUCCGCGGCCGUGGUGAGCACCCCAAGACUGGUCGACUCAAGCUUCGUGUCGAGCCGGAACAGGUCACCAUCAACAUUGGCAAGGGAGCCAAGGUGCCCGAGCCUCCUGCCGGUCACAAGUGGAAGGCUGUCAAGCAUGACCAAAAUGCGUCUUGGCUGGCCAUGUGGCAGGAGAACAUUAAUGGCAACUACAAGUAUGUCAUGACGGGUGCAGAUUCCAGUACCAAGGGUCAGAGCGACUUUAAAAAGUUUGAAAAGGCCCGCAGUCUCAAAAAGUACAUUGACCGCAUUCGUCGAGACUACAACAAGGAUCUCAAGUCGAGCGUUAUGGGCGAUCGGCAGCGCGCUACCGCCAUUUACCUGAUUGAUAAACUUGCCCUCAGAGCAGGUAACGAAAAGGACACGGAGAAUGAAGCCGAAACCGUCGGUUGCUGCUCUCUCAAGUAUCAGCACAUUACACUGAGAGAGCCCCAGACUGUCAUUUUUGACUUUUUGGGCAAGGACAGUAUUCGGUAUUAUGACGAGGUUGAGGUGGAGAAGCAGGUGUUCAAGAACAUAAGGCUCUUCAAGAAGCCUCCCAAGGGUGAGGGUGAUGACAUUUUUGAUCGAUUGACCACGUCGUCCUUGAACAAGCACCUCAACGGCUACAUGCCUGGCUUGACUGCCAAGGUGUUCCGUACCUACAAUGCCUCCUGGACCAUGAGCAGACUCCUCAAGGAGCUAAAAUUCCCGCCCAACGCCACCAUUGCCGACAAGAUGGUCGAGUACACCAAGGCCAACCGCGAGGUGGCCAUUCUGUGUAACCACAAGCGUACUGUUGGCGCAAACCACGCCGUCGCCAUGGAGAAGAUGGGUGACCGAAUCAAGGGCAUCAAGUUCCAGAUUUGGCGUCACAAGCUGAUGCUGCUCAAUCUCGAUCCCAAGUUGAAGAAGAAGCGAGGCGCCGACUAUUUUGCCCUGGAAGAAGAACUCAACAACAAUGAAUGGGUUCAAGAGCACAUCAACUUCCUUGUCGAGGAUCAGCGCACAAAGAUUACCAAGAAGUUCGAAAACGACAACAAGAAGCGUGUCGAGAACAAGGAGAAGCCGUUCCCUGAGAAGGAGCUUAAGGAGCGACUCAAGGCUGCCGACGACCUUGGCAAGGAGCGCAGAAAGGAGUGGAAGUCCAAAAAGGUAGAGGCCGAGGGCAAGGGCCCGACUGUGGCAAAGAUUGAUGCCAAGAUUGAAAAGCUCGAAAACAGUCUGAACCAGGCCGAGCGCAAGAUGGAGACUCAAGAGGAUAACAAGGAGGUUGCUCUGGGCACCUCUAAGAUCAACUACAUUGAUCCUCGCCUCUCGGUUGUCUUUUGCAAAAAGUUUGACGUCCCCAUCAACAAGGUCUUUUCAAAGACUUUGGAGGCCAAAUUUGAGUGGGCCAUCAAGUCUGUCGAUGAGAACUGGGAGUUUUAA